UUUUGUUUAUUUAUUUGUUAUUGGAAGAGAUCAAUAUUUUACUGUGCCUAAGAGGGUAAUACUGUUGGAAUUUGUAUGAUAUUGGGUAUCAAUGGGGCACGGAAAAAUAAGGGCGAGGUUAAGGAGCAGCCUGUACACAUUUUCAUGCACCAAUGCUCCGAAAAAAUCAGUGGAGUUUGAUGAAUUGCAGGGGCCUGGAUUCUCCAGAGUGGUCAUGUGCAACCAGCCUCUACUUUAUAAAUACCGGAAUAAUAGCACAUCGACGACGAAAUACAAUGCUCUCACGUUCCUGCCAAUUGCACUCUUUGAGCAAUUUAACCGCGUGGCCAACAUAUACUUCUUGAUUGCUGCAAUUCUCUCUGUUACGCCAUAUGGACCUUACAAUCCUAUCAGCGCCAUUGCGCCACUGGCAUUCGUCGUUGGCCUCAGUAUGGUCAAGGAGUUACUUGAAGACUGGCAGAGGAUGUUACAAGAUUGGAAAGUUAACAUGAGACCAGCACUUGUUUAUAAUGCUAAUGGUUCAUUUGAAACUCAGCCUUGGAAGAAGAUUAAGGUUGGUGAUGUUGUCAAGGUGGAAAAAGAUACUUUUUUCCCUGCAGAUUUGCUGCUUCUGUCAUCUAAUUAUGAUGAUGGAAUUUGUUAUGUUGAAACAAUGAAUUUAGAUGGGGAAACAAACCUGAAAGUGAAAAGAGCAAUGGACGUGACCUUGGAUUUAGAUAAUGAUGCAUCUUUUCAAGAUUUCAAGGCAACCAUUAAAUGUGAAGAUCCUAACCCUAGUCUUUACACUUUUGUGGGAAAUUUUGAAUAUGAUAAGAAGAUUUACCCUAUUGAUCCAAGUCAGAUUCUUCUACGGGAUUCUAAGCUCAGGAAUACAUCCUACGUGUAUGGAGUAGUGAUUUUCACUGGUCAUGAUACCAAAGUAAUGCAGAACUCAACAAGAUCCCCUUCUAAGAGAAGCCGGAUAGAGAGAAAAAUGGAUAAAAUUAUCUACAUUCUCUUCAGCGUCCUAGUGGUUGUCUCACUCGUUAGCUCAUCCGGAUUUGCCUAUAUGACAAAGUAUAAGAUGCCGGACUGGUGGUACUUACAUGCACCAGAUAAUAAAGAUUUAUAUAAUCCUGACAAACCCACCGUAUCAGGUUUCUACCAUCUGAUCACUGCUUUGAUCCUCUAUGGAUAUCUGAUACCUAUAUCACUUUACGUUUCAAUUGAAAUUGUUAAAGUCUUGCAAGCUAGCUUCAUCAACCAGGAUAUGCAUAUGUACCAUGAAGAGACGGAGACUCCAGCUCUCGCAAGGACAUCAAAUUUGAAUGAGGAGUUAGGACAGGUUGACACAAUUUUAUCCGACAAAACAGGUACUUUGACAUGCAACCAGAUGGACUUUCUCAAAUGUUCUAUUGCGGGGAUUCCAUAUGGACAAGGCGCCAGUGAAGUAGAAGCAGCUGCUGUCAGGAAGAUGUCUAUGGAUCUUGAUGCUGAGGAUUUUGAUCACUUCUCUAGUGAAGACAGUACCUAUGAGGAAGAAGUGGAGUUGGAGACAGUAGUUACCUCUAACGAUCAGGAUCAUAAACGUCGCAUCAAGGGUUUUAGCUUUGAGGAUAACCGUCUUACCAGUCGUUGUUGGUGGAAAUUGCCUAAUCCUGAUGUUCAUUUUCUAUUUUUUCGAGUACUUGCAGUGUGCCAGACUGCGAUUCCUGAGGAGAAUCAUGAAACAGGGGAAUACAACUACGAAGCAGAGUCCCCUGAUGAAGGAGCCUUUCUGGUUGCAGCAAGAGAAUUCGGGUUUGAGUUUAUCAAAAGAACUCAAGGAAGCGUAACUGUGCGUGAGGCAGAUCCUUCUUCUCCAGAACCAGUGGAACGAGAUUUCAAGAUUCUCAAUAUCUUGGAAUUUACAAGUAAAAGAAAGCGAAUGACUGUCAUUGUUCGUGAUGACAAGGAAGAGAUUUUUCUGUUCUGCAAAGGUGCAGACACAAUUAUUUUUGAUAGAUUGUCAGACAAGGGAAGAACAUAUGAAAAGGCUACAACAAAACAUCUAAAUGACUAUGGUGAAGGUGGCCUACGUACACUCGUUUUUGCGUAUAAAAAGCUGGAUGAGGAUGAAUAUAGAUCCUGGAAUAGUGAGUUUCAGAAAGCAAAGAACUCGGUAUCAAGCGACAGGGAUGAUGUGCUCGAGGACUUAUCUGACAAAAUGGAGAGAGAGCUUAUUCUUGUUGGUGCUAGUGCAGUGGAGGACAAACUUCAGCAAGGAGUUCCUCAAUGUAUUGAUAGUCUCGCGCAAGCAGGUCUCAAGAUAUGGGUGUUGACAGGGGACAAAAUGGAAACUGCAAUCAACAUAGGAUUUUCAUGCAGCCUGUUAAGGCAAGGAAUGCAUCAGAUUUGUAUAUCUACCAAAGACAUGCUUGCUAAUGAAUCAGUGCAAAACACAAAGUCUGAUAUUUUGAUGCAAAUUACAGACGGUAGUCGUAUGAUGAAGGAAGAAACAGACCCAGAUGCUGCAUAUGCUUUGAUUAUAGAUGGGAAAGCUCUGACUUAUGCUUUAGAUGAGGAAUUGAAGACUCAAUUCUUAAAAUUAGCAGUUGCUUGUGCAUCAGUCAUAUGCUGUAGGGUGUCUCCGAAGCAGAAAGCCCUUGUGGUUAGAUUGGUAAAAGAAGGGACAGGAAAGACAACCUUGGCAAUAGGUGAUGGCGCGAAUGAUGUGGGAAUGAUUCAAGAAGCUGAUAUAGGCAUUGGGAUCAGCGGAGUCGAAGGAAUGCAAGCAGUGAUGUCAAGUGAUUUUGCUAUUGCACAGUUUAGAUAUCUGGAGAGACUUCUUGUGGUCCAUGGUCACUGGUUCUACAAGAGAAUUGCUCAAAUGAUCUGUUACUUCUUCUAUAAGAAUAUAGCAUUCGGCCUCACACUCUUCUACUACGAAAUCUGCACCGCCUUUUCUGGUAAUUCAGUUUAUGAUGAUUGGUACAUGAUUCUUUAUAAUGUUGCAGUUACAUCAUUGCCUGUUAUGUCACUUGGAGUCCUGGAACAAGAUGUCUCCUCCGAAAUUUGCUUAGAAUUUCCAGCAUUAUAUCAGCAAGGCCCUAAAAACUUGUUCUUCGGAUGGUACAGAAUAAUUGGGUGGAUGUGUAAUGGAGUCUAUACAUCUGUAGUCAUAUUCUGUCUCACCAUCUUCAUUUUCUCUGAUCCUCCCUAUCGCAGUGAAGGACAGACACCCGAUAUGAGUAUCGUCGGUGCAACUAUGUUUACUUGCAUUGUCUGUGCAGUCAACACCCAGAUUGCCUUACUGCUCAGCCACUUCACCUGGAUCCAGCAUUGCUUUAUAUGGGGAAGUAUUGUGGUUUGGUUCAGUUUUCUUAUAAUCUACGGGGUAAUUCUACCUGAAACUUCAACAGGGUCUUAUCAAGUCUUUACAGAAACUCUUGCACCCACACCCCUAUUCUGGAUGACCAUUCUUUUAGUCGUCAUGGCAAGCGUAAUUCCCUAUUUCAUACAUGCCUCAUUGCUAAGAUCUUUCCAGCCAGAGGAUCAUCACAUCAUUCAAGAAAUCAAGUACUUAAAGAAAGAUGUUCUUGAUCGACGUAUGUGGAGAAGAGAAAGGCGAAAAGGAAGACAUACCGCCAAGAUUGGGUUCAGUGCAAGAGUUGAUGCAAAGAUAAGGCAGUUGAAAGGUAGGAUCCAGAAGAAAGGCGCGCAUCUGGCUCCCCAAGAGAUGCUUUGAAAUAAAUACAACUGUAAUUUCAUACUCAGCAGUCUAAAUUCUUUGUAUGAUUAGGAGGUACUUUUAC